AUGUUUUUAGAUUUCAAAUACUCAACCUUAUUAAUGUCCUCAAGUUAUUCCUUUCAAAGGAAUACUGAUGAAAAACCACUGAUUUUCCGAGAUUUAAAUCGUAGAACAACUACAACUACAACUACAGAGAAACUAUCAACUACAUCAAACGAAGAAGACUACGUUGAGAAAGACUCCAUUAAAGCAGCAGUGGCCACUCUUACAAACAAGAAAAAAAGAACAUUCGAACCAACCGAAAUGGCUUCUAAUACAGAACGACUUAAGAAGGCAUUAUCAGAUGAAACCUACGAUGAUAUCGAUGGUGUUGUAGAUAGCGAUACAAACGAUCAGAUGGUCGAAGAAGAUGACGACAUCCCAAAGGGAAUGUGCGUUGAAUGCACAGAUCAACCUGCCUCAAUUCAUUGUGAUCAAUGUCAAGAUGAUCUUUGUGAAGUCUGCGGAUAUUCAAUUCAUAGAAGAGGUAAAAGAAAGCUACACACCUAUACUGAUUUACUGUCUGGUUCUGCUUUGAAAAGCUUUGAGAAUGGACCACACAGACCAUCGGGUUCAACUUCAUCGGCAGGUGAGAAGCUGCAUCAAAUCUCGACAAGUAGGUACUUAAAUUUAAAUAAAUCCGCUAUAACAUCGACAACAACAACUACAACUACCGCAGGAAUGCCAAAGAUGACAAUGAACAUCUUGGGUAAUUCAGUUUUUAAUAAAUCUAUAUUCAAUUUACAUAAUAAUAAUAAUAAUAUCCAUCACUUUUCACCACUCCCAAACAACAACAACAACAACAAUCACAAUAAUAAUAAUAAUAGUAGUAGUUUUGUUGGUGAUUCUUUACACAGCAUCAGUAGUACUAAUAACAAUAUUAAUCAUAAUCAUAAUAAUAAAGGUUUGGGAGUUGGUUUCGGUGCUGAUCCACUCAAGAGUCAUCGUAGUUUCACUCAGAUGGUUCACGACAGCAAUAGCGCAGCUGUAAACGGUGGUGCCAACGGACACAGAAAAGAUGACGAUGACGACGACGAAAUUGACGAAGAGGAAGUCAAUCGUUAUAUUCGUGUACCAAAGAGCAUGACUGACACUGUCAAGAGUCUCAAUCAGGCCUACUUUAUGGAACGUUCCAAAUAUAUUCCAGUUCGUCUCUCACUCCAGGAGCGUAAUCUUCUUCGUCUCUUGGAGGCAUCACUCCACGUCUCUGAAUACACCGAUAAAGUUGACAUUCAAAUUUCAAAUCGUCCAAAGCGUAUCAACGAUCAAUUGCGUCAUAUCUGUGCUAUUCUCUGUGGUUUAUUAGUUGCCAGUGAUUUCAAGAAAGGACAACAAUUAGUUGAAAAGAAAGAUUUCUCAGAUAAUGAAAUGUUUUUCCAGACUGUCUUUGAAAUCGGUAGAAGACACAAGAUUAUGAAUCCAGCAAAGAUGAGAGCCGAAUAUGGUAAGAUGAUCCAUUUGUUGCAAGACUCUAGUCAACGUGAGAUUAGAGAUGCACUUGGUUUGGAGUUGGUAUCCGACUUGAAGACUGUCUAUGCGGUGUUGGAGGAGUGCGAUGGUCUCAAGCUCCUGAGCGAUCCACUGUUGGAUGUCGCCACCCGAGAGGUCUUGCCAGACGGUAAGCAACGUCAUGAAAUCCAACACGACAUCAAGGUAAAGGAGAGAGCCAUCAAGAUGCUCUCAAACAAAUACGCUUCAUCGACAUUGUCGACCGACCAAAUCGAGCAGUGCAUCUAUUCGAUCGGUGACAAUCACACCUAUCUCAGAGAGAACCGUGACUCUGUGAGAAAAAUGAUUAAAUAUCUAAAGACUUACUUUGAUCCAGAAAACGAAGAACAAUAUUUCUCUUUGCGAAUCACACCAGGACAAGCCGGUGCUCGUCUGAAUCACUCACAUCAAAAGCAAUAUAUGUACGUCUAUCAAUCACUCACACUCUGGAAGAAGAUUCUUCACGACAUGUUCCGUCUCUGGUACUUGGCAGAGUACGAUUUGCUCCGUGGCAACUCUUACUCACUGCGUAACACCGGUCAAGGUUUGAACCGUAUCCAGGCGGCACCAAAGAUUUCAUCGGCCAUGGGCAAGAUUCUCCAUUCCGCUCAAACCAAGGUUGGACAAUACUGGGUUGGUUCUUCCGUUGUACAUCUUGGAGAUCACAAUGUACCGAAUGCACUCACAUUCAUCGACAAGUACACUCAGAUAUCACGUAUUCUCAACCCAAUAGUUAUUGCAAUUGAUUUUAUUCCAAAGAUUAAAGAUCCAGGUCUCCAAACCUAUAUUUUAAAUACUUUUGGUAGUCAAAAGAAUUUAGUAAAGUUAAUUUUAAGUGACUUUUUCAAACAUGCAUUCGAUGGAAGUGGUGCAGAUAACUUCUUUGAUGCAGGUUCAUGUAUCGAUGGUAGAUUGACAUCAGCUUGGAAUUGGUGUUCAAAGAUUGAAAAGAAGAACUACUACAGUAUAUUUUUAUUAUCUGGAUUCAAUGGUUUCGAUGGUUCAUUUAACUAA